CCCAAACGGAACCAAAAACACGUCCAUGGUGUCACAGCGGAACAGUUAUAGUGUAACAUCAGUAUGUACAUGUGAAUCUUUUGGCAUGAUCAAGGGGUUGGUUGCAUGACAUCUGGCCAUGAAGCGAUUGUACAUCGGCGGUCUCGGCCACACAGUGUCUGAGAAGGACCUCAAAGACAGAUUUGGAAAAUUUGGGGAUGUGUCAGAUGUAGAAAUUAUCACGAGGAAAGAUGAGCACGGAUCUCCUCUAAAGACAUUUGGCUACAUCAACAUAAACAUCACAGAUGCUGAAUACAAAAGAUGUAUAGGCAUAUUAAAUAAAUCCACAUGGAAAGGUGGAACCUUGCUUAUUCAGAUGGCAAAGGAAAGUUUUCUACAUAGACUUGCUGAAGAACGACAGCAACUGGCUGAAAAGACCAUCACCCCAAAGAUCGACCCUCAGGAGAAAUUAGUGGACUCACUUAAAGCAGCUGGUGUUGAAAAUUUUCACAUGAAAGCUGCUGUUCCAGGAACAGAAAUUCCUGGACAUAAGGACUGGGUUGUGAGUAAAUUUGGCAGGGUCCUUCCUGUCCUGAAUCUCAAAUGUAAAGGAAAGAACAAAGUCUUCAAAUAUGAUCCAUCCAAACACUGCCACAACAUCAAGAGACUGGAGACUGCAGACAACAUCAUGUCAGUAUCUAAGCUGACAUGGGAGAUGGAAGGUGGAGAUGAUGAAAUCAGUAAGAAAAGGAGAGGAGAGUUUCCACAGCAUAAGCCGUGUCCCAAAAGAUCUAAAGUAGACUUGAGUUCAUUUCUCAGCAAUUUGGCUCAGAGCAAUAGUAUUAAUGCAGCUGACAUUGGAAACAAGAACAAAAUGGUGUUCCAACAAAACGGACUCCCUGCUACAAAGACAGAAAAACAAAUACCUGUUGUUAAAAAAUCAGUUUGUGUUUUGGACAAUGAUGCUGACUCUGAAGAUGAAAUCAGGAUGUUGGUUGCUCAAGAACUUUCGACGAACACAAAACAAACCUCUGCAGAGGACGAGGACGACAACCUGGAGGUAGUGGGAGAUGAUUUUGUCGUUAAAUCUAAUGCUUUCUGGGGUGGAGCGGAACAAGAUGGCGUAAAAUCGCUACUAACUUCUUCAAAAGAGGAUGAGGAUUACGAUUCUGCAGACACGGAUGAAAUACUCACCCAGAGAAAGACCCAAAAAACACAAGUUAGCCAAGAUUCCCCGACAAAAUCCAGUAAAAAUGAGUCUUCAUCUGAAUCUGACAGUGGUAGCAAUGAUUCUGAUUAUGAAGCCAUGAUGGGGAACUGCACCCGCUUAGAUCUCUCCCUGGCAGACUUGGAGCAGCUAGCUAAAAACGCAGAGGUGAUUUCAGAUGAUGAAAGUGUGGAAGAACCCAAAAUAGAACUCAAGACCCCAAGAGCGGCAUGCAAAAGAAGAGGUAACAACCCUGAAGAUAUUUUAGCUUCGCUUCUUGGAGAUGACACCCCUGACAAAGAACGUAAGAAUCGGGUGACCACAGUAUCCCUUCCAGCUUUCAUUGGAACAAGGGAUCUCUUUGAAGGUCCAGAGCCCAUCCUGAAAAGAGUCACCCAGAGUAUUGACAGUGAAUCUCCUAAAAGACUCAAACAAGACCUGAAUGUGAAAGAACGAAGCAUCUCAGAAGAUACAAGUCAACCGCAGUCUUCAAACCGUCCAUCUCAACAGAAGCUGUCCAGUUUAAAGGAACAAUCAACCUCAAAGAAACUUGAGAACCAAUCAUCAGAAAAUGAUUCUUCUAGUGAUGAGUCAGAAAGCAGCGAAGCAGGCGAAAGUGCUCAAGUCGUCACCUUUAAAAAAUCUUCAGCAACACAACCAGUAAGAACCAACCCUAAAACCGAACUGAAGACUGUUAGCUCUAACAAUGCAAACACCUCAAUCAAACCCAAGCAGACGAAGAUCUCCAGAUCCUCCAGUAGUGACUCAGAAAGCAGCGAGGAGGAAGAUAAUGAAGAUAGUGUUGAUGUCUCUGCUUUUAAACCAUCUUCAGCGACACAAUCGAUAAGAACCGACGCUAAAACCGAACUGAAGACUGUUAGCUCUAACUCAAACAACCCAAUCAAACCCAAGCAGACGAAGGUCUCCAGAUCCUCCAGUAGUGACUCAGAAAGCAGCGAGGAAGAAGAUAGUGAAGAUAGUGCCGAAGUCUCCACUUCAAAAACAUCCUCAGCAACACAAUCGAUAAGAACCAACACUGAAACCAAACUGAAGACCGUUAGUUCUAACAUUGCAAACACCCCAAUCAAACCCAAGCAGACGAAGGUCUCCAGAUCCUCCAGUAGUGACUCAGAAAGCAGCGAGGAGGAAGAUAAUGAAGAUAGUGUUGAUGUCUCUGCUUUUAAACCAUCUUCAGCGACACAAUCGAUAAGAACCGACGCUAAAACCGAACUGAAGACUGUUAGCUCUAACAAUGCAAACACCCCAAUCAAAAAAAACAAGCAGACGAAGGUCUCCAGAUCCUCCAGUAGUGACUCAGAAAGCAGCGAGGAAGAAGAUAGUGAAGAUAGUGCCGAAGUCUCCACUUCAAAAACAUCCUCAGCAACACAAUCGAUAAGAACCAACACUGAAACCAAACUGAAGACCGUUAGUUCUAACAUUGCAAACACCCCAAUCAAACCCAAGCAGACGAAGGUCUCCAGAUCCUCCAGUAGUGAUUCAGAAAGCAGCGAGGAAGAAGAUAGUGAAGAUAGUGCCGAAGUCUCCACUUCUAAAACCUCCUCAGCGACACAAUUGAUGAGAACCAACACUGAAACCAAACUGAAGACUGUUAGCUCUAACAAUGCAAACACCCCAAUCAAACCCAAGCAGACGAAGAUCUCCAGAUCCUCCAGUAGUGACUCAGAAAGCAGCGAGGAGGAAGAUAAUGAAGAUAGUGUUGAUGUCUCUGCUUUUAAACCAUCUUCAGCGACACAAUCGAUAAGAACCGACGCUAAAACCGAACUGAAGACUGUUAGCUCUAACUCAAACAACCCAAUCAAAAAAAACAAGCAGACGAAGGUCUCCAGAUCCUCCAGUAGUGACUCAGAAAGCAGCGAGGAAGAAGAUAGUGAAGAUAGUGCCGAAGUCUCCACUUCAAAAACAUCCUCAGCAACACAAUCGAUAAGAACCAACACUGAAACCAAACUGAAGACCGUUAGUUCUAACAUUGCAAACACCCCAAUCAAACCCAAGCAGACGAAGGUCUCCAGAUCCUCCAGUAGUGAUUCAGAAAGCAGCGAGGAAGAAGAUAGUGAAGAUAGUGCCGAAGUCUCCACUUCUAAAACCUCCUCAGCGACACAAUUGACGAGAACCAACACUGAAACCAAACUGAAGACUGUUAGCUCUAACAAUGCAAACACCCCAAUCAAACCCAAGCAGACGAAGAUCUCCAGAUCCUCCAGUAGUGACUCUUCUAGUGAGGAAUCAGAGACUAGUGAUGAUGAGAAGUCCAGACCUCAGCCAAAAGAUUCCAAACCUGCCGAUUCAAAGAAAGUUCAGGAGAAAGUUGACUCGCAUCCGACAGUUUUUCACUCAACUGCCAUAGAUGCUCAGAAACAACAGAAGGACAACCAGAAACGUCUUGCGGCGCUGGAGCAACGUCAGAAAGAGACAGAACAGCAGAAGAAACUCAUUCAGGGGGCUCUUUCUAGCGUGGACAUGGUGAAAGCGAACAAAGGCAAACACAUUGUGUUUGAUUCUGAUGAAGAAGAAGAGGACAAAACCACAAACAAACCAGAAGAGCAACCAAGAAGCAAGAAAAAAAGUCUUUUUGAGGACGAUUCAGAAUCCGAUGAUCAACAACCGUCCACAUCAAAAGAAAAGGAGAACAAAAAGUCAGAUGGCAACAAGCUGUUUGACAGUGAAGAUGAGGAUGAUGGCGCUGAGGAUGAUCGUUUCCAGAUAAAACCCCAGUUUGAGGGCAAAGCUGGACAGAAGCUUAUGCAGCUGCAGGCUAGAUUUGGAACUGAUUCGAGAUUUCAGAUCGAUUCGAGAUUUCUGGAAAGUGAUGAUGAGACUGAAGAUCAAGAUGCAGCAGCUCCAGAAAAAGAUGAAGAACAACUUCUUGAAGAGAAAAAGAAAAGUCUAGACAUCCUCCAGAGCAUUUUAAAAACCAGCAUACAACCCCAGAACACCAAAAAGAGCAAGAUGUUCAAAGAUGUUUCGGGCCUGCAUUACGACCCAACACAAGAGGAACAUGCCGCUUUUGAGUCCAAGACAGAGAUGCCGAAGAAAGAAAGUAAGGCGGCGAGACGAAAGAAACGUGAGGAGGCUGAAAAACUCCCUGAAGUGUCUAAGGACAUUUACUUUGAGGUGUCGGCAGAUUUGAAGGAGGUCUUUGGGACAUCCAAAGAAAACCAGGACGAGGAGGAGCCGAAGGUUUCAUGGGACAAAGAGGCAGAAGAGACUGAAGAUAUAAUGACACCCAUGGAAGUUUCCUUCACUUCUAAUGUAGAAGCCCAUGAAGACACAUCGGGCGGAUUCAAGUUCUCCUUCUUUGGCGAGGUUGCUUCUGCGGAGACGACCACCAAGACAGACGACUACAAAAUAGAGACAUUAAAAGGAGCCAAGUUCUCUUGGCAAAUGGACCCUCGCUUCCAGGACAGCAGUUCAGACGAGGAAGGCGUGGACGAGGUUGAGGAGGACCAAUCUGCUUCCAGCAAAAUCACAGAGGAACCAACACCAUCAAAAAAGAGUUUUUUCUUUUUCUUUCAAGAUGACAAACGGUUAAAAGAGGGGCCGAGAAUGUUCUGUAGAAGCGGAAAACUAGGAGACCAGAGGGAAGCCUGGGAAGAGAAGAGGACGUCACUCAGAGAUGAGUGUCGCAAGAAACACAAAGACGCCAAAAGACGUCAGAGGCCGUCGCUAAAGAAGACCUGAACAAUUUAAAGUAAACAAAGACAUUUCUUACAGAAAAAAUAACAUUGUUGCACCCAUUCAUAUUCUGUUUAAUAGCUGUAAUUUAUUCUUCAAAACAACAGUAUCUAAUGCAUAUUCCCUUUUGUAUGAUUGAAACAUGUUUUUGAGUGAAUAAAUGUUGGUUUGUACCACUA